AUGCAUGCUGCUGUUAUCCUCUUGAAGGAUAGGUUUGAUCAGGGGGAUGGAAUCGAUUAUAGUCCGGCUUUUGCUACAGACGAGACUUUUGCGACGAAGAAGGAAGCUGCUGCAUAUGCAAAGGGUAUUGCGAACUUCUACAAUAUGGAGUUAAGUGUAUCCUCGCACAAGGAUAAUACUACUAUACUCCUUUGUCAUAAAGGAAGGCGAUACCAAGGUCAACAGGUAGAUGAAAACGUGCGCGUGCGAGCCAAUACAAAGACACAGAUGACCGGAUGCCAGUUUCGUGUUACUAUUUACAAGACAUAUGAUAGGUGGGCGAUCCGUGUAUAUCCAGGUCCGUUGGGAAUGCACAACCAUUCAUUGAAAGAUCCACCUCGAGUCAGGAGGCCAUUGAGUGAAGAAGUAAAAGAGCUUAUUAAGGAGUACUCCAAAGCUGGGACUAAGGCAGUCCACAUUUUACGGGCGAUAUGGACAUAA